AUGCAUUUACUAAACAAGCGAAACAGGUGGUAUCCCUACAAGUUUUGUUCGGUACCGCUUCGCCUUACACUGGAUCUCCUCCAAACUGCCCUCCCCGUAUUCCUGGCAGCAUGCCCUUCAGCUCGCCCUCCCCACAUGCUGGACAUUUUAUUAAAAGGGGGACUUAACCUGAGUCAUUUUGUGGCGGCGGAUGUGGCGAUCUGCGUUACGACUGGUAGACCACUUUUGUGUAGGUACCAUGUUCCUUGGUCACUCGAUCUCUGUAACGAGUUUAUGGAGAAAGUCGAGAAUCAAGGGUCGCAAUGGCUCUUUGGGAUUCCAGAUCAGUUUAUCCUACUGAUUGGUUACAUCGAUGGACUUGUCAAGAAUGCCACAGCCGCAGGGAUCACUGUAGAUUCAGGGCUACUAGCGCAGAUUGAGGAUGAUGUCAGAAGAAUCCAAGUUUCACCCUGCGAGAGCAACGAUCCGUCCUUGGUCGCAAGGAUGGCCGUCCAACAGUGCUGGCGAGAGGCUGUAAUUGUAUAUCUUAUGGCACUGGGUGGGGCACAUGCACUUGAUCCUCGAGUAGGGCCCAGACGGGAUUCAUGA